AUGUUUUGCAAUGACCAAUGCAAAGCAGGCAUUCAACUGACUACAUCAGGUUUUCAUCUUUCUUUAGAUGACUGUCCUAUGACAACAGAAGAAAUAGAGCAUAUGAGUAAGGUUCCAUAUUCUUCGGCAGUUGAAAGCCUUAUAUAUGUGAUGCUUUCUACACAUCCAGAUAUUUGUUUCACAAUAGGAAUGAUUAGUCGAUAUCAAACGAAUCUAGGUCACAGGUAUUGGCAAUCUAUAAAGCAUAUAUUAAGGUAUCCUAAAAGAACCAAGGAUUAUAUGCUUGUGUAUUCUGAGGAGGACUUUACUCUUGUUGGAUACACAUACUCAAACUUCCAAACCUAUAAAGAUUCGAGGAAAUCGACUUCAGGAAAUGUAUUCAUUCUAGGCUGUAGAGCUAUAGUAUGGAGAAGUGUAAAACAAAUUUGUACUGUCGACUCUACUACGGAGGCCGAGUAUGUGGCUGUUUCUGAGGCAAUGAAAGAAAGCAAUAUGGUUUCGAAGUUCUUAAUCGAAUUUGAGGUUAUUCUUGGUAUGGAAAAAAAUAUAACACUGUAUUGUGAUAACAAUGUUGCAAUAACAAAUAGCAAGGAAAUGAGAUGUCACAAGAGGGCGAGACACAUUGAUCGGAAGUAUCACUUGAUACAAGAGGCAGUAGCUGAAGGAAUUGUAGAUGUGAUGAAAGUAGCUACUGAAAAUAACCUUGCGGAUCUGUUUACUAAAAAUCUUGUAACUAGGAGUUUUAACAAACAUGUCGAGGAUAUGGGAAUGUGA